AUGACCGAUUCUGCUAACUCGGAUAAAGGAAAAAAGGGAAGGACUAAAAAUGGAGUUACAGAUGAAAUCCAUUCACAAAAGGAUAGCCGACAUUUGAUAAAGCAUGUAUCAUUAGCAUCACCAUUGGAACCUGCCAGGCGGAAUAAUGAAGGUAAAACUGUCACGUGGACAGAUGUCACAGUAAAAGUACCACAUGCAAAGAAAUCAUUGCUGAAAUGUUUCAAAAUCGUUCGAGAAUCAAGGAAAAUAAAAACCAUACUUAGCAAAGUUUCCGGUUAUGCAAUGGCCGGUACAACACUUGCAAUUAUGGGAAGCAGCGGAACUGGUAAAACUGUCCUUCUGAAUGCACUCACAAUGAAUGUAUCCAGCGAUGUCGACGUGAAAGGAAAAAUAUUGGUUAACGGUGAACAGCUAUCGUCGACGGAUAUGCAUCUCAUAUCGCGGUAUGUGCAUCAAGAUGAUUUAUUUAUCGGGACUUUAACUGUGCGAGAGCAACUUAUUUAUUCGGCUGAACUCCAAAUGAGUUACAAUACAACGAAGGCUGAUCGAUUGAAGAGAGUGGAAGAAGUGCUCAAAGAAGUCAGUUAA